ACAUUCAAACCGAACGGUACUUGUACAGCGGAUACCACACGUCGUAUGAUGAACGUGUGACUUUCAUAUGAAAAAUAUACAUUGGUGUGUAAUUUAGUUCUACAUAAGUGUCUGAGAAAGAAAUAUCUCAAAUUACUGUGUUUGAUUUCAUAAAAGAUUUCAUUAAAGUACGUAUAAAGAAUAAAAAAAACUUAAAACGAGAAAUAAACUUAAAAAAAAAUUAAAUUGUAGUAAAAUUAAAUUGAAAUUUUAAUUAAAAUUAAUUAAAUGCAUAAUAAAAGUGAAAUUAUUUCAACGACUUUGUUCUCACCACAAACCGUUAAACACUUGCUUGCAUAAGUUUUUGAGUCCUGUGGCUUUUUGUGUGUUACCAUUGCGCAACUAAAUUUUACUUAUUCAAACGCGCAUAACAGCGGUAAUGGCCAUAUAAGGCAGUCAUAGUACUCAAAUAAGCCAUAUACAAACAUACAAAUGUGCAUAGCUUUCAAUGUCCUUAGAGUUUCAGUGCAAAUAAUAAAUACUCUUGUGUACUUGAAUACAUGUUUAUAACACGGCUCACUGAAUUUAUGUAUUGCACGUACAAUAACAUACAAUGGUUCAUACAUACGUACAUACUUACAACCACUAGUGUAUAAAUCACCGUAGACGCUUUCAAGUGCAAAGUAAUAAGCGUACACACUCGUACAUAUAGUGUAAGGCGUAGACAAAGCAGAUUAAAGUGAACAUUGCUGGUGUUAUUCUGGCAUUGAAGCCAUACAAAUAAAUAUAUCGUACAUCAACGCUGAGUGUGUGAUCAGAUUUUCUACAUGGAAGUAUAUACAUAUGUACAUCUAUCUUAACUAGACGAGAUGACGGCGCAAAGUCAAGAAAGCUGCGAAAUCAUGCAACCAUAAAACAAUGUCAUGCAACAAACUAACUACGACGACACCAAAGCAGGUAACAAAUGCAGUUUUUAAAUUAAAAACAACAACAACAACAAUUGCUGUUACGAGAUACUAAUGCAACAAGAAGCGGCGAGAGGUUAGUGGAAGUAGCGGCGAACCAAAUUUUAAUAGAAUUUCGUAUUGCAAAGCAAAGUAAGGGAAGCAGAGAGCAGGCAAGCACCUCAAGUGGUGCACCGAGCACCCGGCAGUGAAGUGUUGUCGCGCAAAUCUACCUGCAACACACCACACAGCGGAAACAGACGAUAUAACAGGAAGUGUGAGAUAAACAGGAAGUGCUGAAAUAGCACGAAAAAGGAAAGUCACAAAACUAAAUCUGUUAAAAAAAAAAAAAAAAAACAAAAAACGAAAAAAAAUAUUUUACCAAAAAUUCAACGGAAAUGUUUACAAAAAUGCAAAAAUACUACAUUUCAGUAUUUGCAAUCGCUGCAGUAGUAUUGGUGUUUGCCGAUGCAAAUGGAUUCGCCGAAUCAGCAGAGUUGCGACGCACGGCAGCGGAAGUGGCAACGGCAAGGACAACGACAACGACGGCGAGGUCGUCCGUGGCGUUAGUGGGUGCGGCGGCAGCUGCAAGUGAGGAAGCGGCUGAGGGAGGGCAGGCGGAACAAGCUCAGUUAGAGGCAAAGAAAGUGCAGAGCAUACCGGCGGGUAAGGAGUACUCCGGUGUUGAGGCAAAAACCGCGCAGCUAGAAAAACCUACGACAGCAGUCAACCAAGGACUAAGUACUACCACAAUAGCAACAACAAAAAAUACAACAACAACAGCAACAGCAGCAGCAGUAGCAACGACAAGAGCAGCAGCAGUAGUAACAGCAAAAACCAUGACAUUAGCAUCCUCAAAUGCGCCCGCUACAUUAACGACAACAAACGAUGUGGACGAACGAGUUUUGAGCACCGCAGCAACACCAGCAGUCGGAGCAGCAAUAAAUGAUGAGCAAGCGAAGCCACAGAAGCAGGCACAAGCCGAACGGGUUGAAGUUGUAGGUAGUAGUUUUAUAAAAGCUGAUGCGGGAGAGCGACCAACAAUAGCAACAAAAUCGCUAUCAACAACCAAAAUUAAUGCUGCAGUCCAAAUGGAAAGCAGAGUCACACCCCAAGUCGCCUCAACACACGCUGGUGGGAGCUCAGCAGCAACGAAAAUAACGGAAGCGCCAACAGUGAAUUUUGAAAGUAAAUCACGUGCGGAUACAGAGCCACUAAAAACAGACUAUGGCACCAUAGCAGUGGCAAAGCAGCAGGAGGCGAGCCGCGGAAAUGUAGCAAAAACACAAAUCAUCAAAAAUGAAAAAGAGUUGUGUACAAAGCGCUUGAACGAGCGGGCGGAUGCGCAUAUAAAUGAACAGAGAGGCGGCGGGGAGACGAAGUUGGAAGCACCAAAAACAACCGAUACAGGAGCUAUAGAGGCUCAUAGUGAGGGUGAAAGUGAUCAGGAAGAAAAGAGAAUGGCUUUGAGCAAUGAAAAGCGUUUGAAUUCUCAAAACAAGGAGGAGAGGGAACAAAAAAGUGAGGGAGCUGUUGAGAAAAAUAAUGACUCAACUCAAGCGAAGAAGAAACCCCAAAUGGAUGACACUCCGACAUGGCCAAAAGAGGCGUUGGAAACCACAAAUAAGCUGGCAUCGAAGGAAGCAGAGACAAUGACCAGACCCGAGCCAGCUGAGACUGUGACUUCACAUGCAAAGUUUAGCGUAAAUGGAGCAACUAACGUAAAUUUGCCCAUGCCAAAUGCAACAAUAGCCAAAACAAGCAGCGAGCACCGCAAACCUGCAGCAACUGCAACCACACAAGCAACCCCGAGUAGUGACAUGAAUAUCGAGCGGAAACUAAAGAAUGGUCCAUACCGCAUUAAAUUAGCUGAAAUCGCAACGGUUGAAUACAAUGGCAGUGGUAGUGGCGAGGAGAAAGAUCUGCUCGAAGCGAAGCCGAGCGCAACUAACAGCGAAACACGCGUUGGAACAACAACUGUCGAUAGCGUGCUGGAGACAAGCCAACUGAAUAGGAAAGAAGGUCACGCGGUUGGUGGGUUGGAGGCUCUAACAUCGAAUACACAACAAAAAAAGCAACAAACAGGCAUUCAGCAAGAACUGGGCCAACAGGCACAACAAACUGCUGCAACAAAACUGCAAAAACAACAACAAGAGCUGAAAAAACAACAACAAGCAAAACUAGUUAAACAAAAAGCCCAACAGGCGAGUGGCGAACAAGAACUCGAACAACACAAACAACCAAAACCAGCAAUCCAAUUAAGCCGCGAGCAGCAGCAGCAGCAGCAGCAAUAUCAAGCAUCGAACAAAGACAUGGAUAUCGGACAGGUGCAACAACAACAACAACAGAAACACUACGCGUACACCGCAAGCGAGCUGGAUAACAAGAAUCAGAAAAGCAACAGCAACAACAAGAGCCAACAAUCAGAUGACCACGAUACAUACACAAAUCCCGCAAACACUAAGCAAGCCUCAGCCCAACCCACGCCACCCGCACUCAAUAUCGUCGAUCUAUAUCCCAUGAAAAUGGAGGAUUUCAAUCCAAUUAUACGUGACUCCAAUGCGAAGUUGUUAAAGGAGCGUACAAUCUAUAAGCCGACGGCCAGUGAUGAGGCGGCAGAAGAGCAGGAUCAGAGGCUCGAGCAUGCAGAAGAUGGGUAUGGGGGGGUGGAUAGUGCGACGAGUGACGGGUUGAUGAAGUCUUCAGUCGGACACCAACAGAAUUUAUUGCCAAAUGAAGUGAAUACCGCGGACAGCAUUAUACGACGACAUUACGACAACAUCAAUAAUCUCGCGGCUGCACAGCAGCACAGUGUCAAUCGAAGGCCAAUCAUGCCGGUAACGGAGGAGGGUGCGAGUAGCGCAGAGUCGACAACUAACAGUCACCAACAGCGAAAACAACAGAAACUGUGGAAGCCUGAUGCUAUCAGUGAUUUCACCGGUAAGCUGCUGGCCGAACAGGAUGGUGUGAUUACGGAAAUCGAGCAAAAGUUUCGCUUGAAUGAAUUUCCAGCAACCGAACAGCCCACAAUAACAACAACAGCAAAAGAUAUUAAGCAAGUGGAGGCACCACAAGCGAGCGCAGUCAACAAGCUGAGCCAUAGUGUCAACCACAAAAUUCAACCGAGCAAAAGUUUGAAAUCUAAAUACAACAAGGAAAGCGUAACCCAUCUACCACCCACACAAAAACAUGACUUCAUUGAGCGACGCGUCAAGAAAAGUUUCGACUUUCCCAUGCAUCGUACGGCAAGCGCCAGCGAUACACUCGGCAUGCCACAUGUCGAUUUUGCGAACACAAAGUUCAACACCGGUAGCGGAGCAACACAAAGUUUAAGCCCAACCACACUGAGCGAUAGAGGCGGUGCGUUGGGUGUGCGAACUGCACUUGGCACGCAUCCGGAAUUUUCGACGACCAAAUUCUACAACAGCAAAGAGCUCUACAACGAGAUGAUGUCACACAAUCGACAGCGCUUGAAGGCGAAGGCAAAGAUGGAGCAGGGAACAGCAUCGGCAGUGGCAGCGGCAGCGAGAACUCUAGCUGUCACCGGAGUCGAAACGACAAUGGCUGCGACAAACACAGCGAGUAAUGGCGUAGCGAGUGCGGCAAGUAGAUUUGCGUUCAGCCAAAAUUCAAAGUUGGAAACUUCAAAGCAAGCGCCGACAAAGGCAGCAGUGCGACAAGCAAUUAUGGGUGAAAUGAACAUGAACUCGCAGCGAAUAGCCAGAGUUAACAGCGGUGGCGCUAGCAUGCGUACGGUUGAGCUGAAAGGGGAUGAGGUUUCACUAACAAACGCAAGAGCCGAGGAAGGGCAGAGCCAUUUGACUGCAAAGUCUAAUGUAGAGGGCGGCAUAAGCAACUUUGUCGGGGUGGAGCGUCAGGACAGUGCGAGUGUGCAACAUGGAUAUCAACACACUAACGUGCAACUCUCAAAGCAGUCAACUGCAACAAUAACCAACAACCAAACGUCGACAGCCGAAACACCCAGCAACACAGCAAUUCUGGGCGCCAAAACCACUAAGAAAUACCAUAAAGAAUUGCAACGCGCUAAAUUGCUGCUCAAAUCGCUUUUGUUGCCAACGACAAACGAUAAUGUCGGCGCUGGUGCGAACAAGUCGAGCGAUGCUGGGGCAACGAUGAGCACAACAAAAACAACCACAACACUCAAACCAAAUAGCAACAGCCAGACCAACCUGCACGCACCGCCCACCGUUAGAGGCGAGCUCGACAAAAAUGCGUCUGCACCGAGCAGAGUUGACUUGGUUGCAAGUGCCAAAACUUUUGACAUUAUGUCGCUGCGAGCGAGUAAAAGCAGGCAAGUAGCGACGCCCACAAUCGCUACGAGCGCAGCUGUUGGUAAUAUUGACAGCACCAUUGACAGCGACAUGACGGCGGCGGGCACAGAAGCGGAGGGAUUGCAAGUGAAACUUGGUAAUUCUGCUGGCAGUGACCUGGUGCAUGUUAAGCGUGCUAAACCACCACAAACUACAGCAACAACAAGCAAACUAGAAAAAACAACAACGAGAACAACAAGCAGUGCAGAAACUAGCAUUUCCACGAAAAACCCCACACCCGCAACAUCCACAGUAACCAACCCAACAGUUGACCCCACAACCAACAUACCCCUAAUAUAUCCAUAUCCACAAAUGCCUCGUCAAGUGACAAUGCUCAUAACCCAACCGCAUGACACCACAGCCACAGUGAGUAGUGCCAAGAGCAGCAGCAGCAGCAGUGGCUCAGCCCACACCAGCUACACCACCUCCACUGCGGCUAGUCCAACUACUGGUAGCACAAACCUCUUGACCAAGUCCGCCUCGAAGCCAAUUGUCCGGCCACGCAUACUCAGCCCGUUGCAGGAGAAAAUCAACUCACUCGAAUGUGAAGUGCAAAAUGUGCCGAGCGAUUCGCAUUUGUGGCGAGGCAAUGAGACGCACGAACUUCUGCUGCCGAUUGUGUCCUCCGAGAAUUGUCCAUAUGGCAGCAUAGAUUGCUCACCGUUAUUGGUCUCCUGGGAUGGUGAAGCCGAAAUACAGUCGGGAGAUAUUUUGAUAGUGGAAAUCAAUGAUACAUUAUUGAAUACAAGUGAACAUAAUGUAACGCAUACCAGCCUUGCCCACAAUACACAAGUUUAUCAGGUGACACGCUCGGGACAUGAGCAUUGCGAUGUGACUGAGGGUAUACUGUUGGAUAUAACACCACUGGUUGUUGAUGGUCGGAAAUUGGUGACACUCUAUGAUAAAGAUCUCACCGAGGGAGUCAACUUGCUAAUUGUGGUUUCCGAGUUGUGGGGUCCGCAAUGCGUACGUCUGAAGGUCACCGCGAAAACCGACAAUUGUGGUGAAAGUGCUGAAUGUUCGGGCAAAGGUGUGUGCUACUCCAAUGCAGCUAUGGAGGAGUAUGAGUGCCAGUGUUGCAGCGGCUUCGCUGGUCCACAUUGCGAGGAGAUCGAUGCUUGUACGCCAAGUCCAUGCACAAAUAAUGGUAUUUGUGUUGACCUCUCACAAGGACAUGAGGGCAAUUCGUAUCAAUGUUUGUGUCCUUACGGUUACACGGGCAAAAACUGUCAAUACGAGUCAGAUCCAUGCAACUCCGCAGAAUGUAUGAAUGGCGGUACCUGUGUGGGCAAUUCCACACAUUUCAGAUGUGACUGCACUCCCGGCUAUACGGGCCCACUGUGCCAACACAGCCUCAACGAAUGUGAGUCAUCACCGUGUGUACACGGUAUUUGUGUGGAUCAAGAGGAUGGUUUCCGUUGUUUCUGUCAGCCGGGUUUCGCUGGUGAACUUUGCAAUUUCGAAUAUAAUGAAUGCGAAUCGAAUCCAUGUCAGAAUGAUGGCGAAUGCAUCGAUCACAUUGGCAAUUUUGAAUGUCGCUGCACUAAAGGAUAUACGGGAGCGCGUUGCCAAAUUAAGGUGGAUUUUUGCGCUAACAAACCUUGCCCCGACGGACACCAUUGUAUUGAUCAUGGAAAUGAUUUUACCUGCGAAUGCCCGGGAGGGCGCAAUGGACUAGAUUGUAAUCAAAUGCCACCACGGCAAUGCGCGGAGAAUCUGUGCAAACAUGGCGGCACAUGCUGGACCAGUGGCGCUUCUUUCUAUUGUGCCUGUCGUCCGGGCUACACAGGCAAUAUGUGUGAAGAUGAGUUUGUGGUGGAGACUGUCGUUAGUUCCAGCGAGUUUAUGGUCGAUGAUACGAGCGCCAGAAAUUUUAAUGACAAAACUUUCGGUUCAUCGGUUGUGCUAAAGAGUCCCAUUGAAUUGCAUAAUGCAUACUUUGGUGCUGGUGUACUGGCGUCCGCUGUUUUUAUUGUUGCCAUUGUGGUCACCAUCUGCCACUGCAAGGUGAAUCACACGUACCGUAAGUUUUCAACGCGCUCGUCCACAUUCUUUCCCAUUCUGGGCUUCGGUCGACGCAGCAAAUCCCAAAACAAACUCAACAAACACUGGCUCAGCGGCAAGGGGAUGAGCGGUGCGGGCGGUGGCGCUAGUGGCGGCUUAUUGCGCUCUACAUCCGGCUCAACGACAUCACUGACACGCGGACAUCUACCCUCGGCGCACAAUGCGGCGGGUCUGCAUCAAUCACAACAGCAACGUCAGCAGCAGCAGCAGCUGCAGCAGCAACAGCUGGGCGGCCAAAUGCACGAGCGACCGUUUCAACGGCAUUUGGCGAUGAAUUUAGAGAAUGAUAUGUAUUAUACAGUUGAUUUUAGUGAAAAUUCCCAACACUCACCGCUGAUACAGUGAGGUAAAGAAAGGCGCACCUCACGGCGAGGGGUAGUGGUGGCGGCCGUCGACAGUGUUGCCGCUACUGGUGCUGCUGUGGGCAAAAUUAUGGUACGUACGCUGGCGGGCGUGGUGGGUAAGGAGCGGUUUAGAGGUAAACGUAGGGUGAGUGGCGAUGAGAGUGGAGUUGCGUUAGCACAACCGCUUACCAGUGUUGGCAUCACUUCAGAUGCCGACAGUAGUAAUUGUAAUAAAAAUAGUAAAUAUAAAGGCAACAACAAUAACAACCACACGCCAACUAGUUUGUUAGUUAAAUUUACGAAACGUUCUCAUUAAUGGGCAAAAUGCUAUAUAAUGAUAAUGAUCAUAAUUAAGUAGAUGCCACUGAUAAUAAUUACGAGACAAUUAACAUAAUGAUAAUUGAAAAUAGUAUAUAAAUACAUAGUACAUACAUUGAUACAUAAAGCAGGAAUAGGUAUUGCUGUCAAGGGGAGACAGGCAUUCAGACGGGACAAGAUGGAAAAGCGUGAUUUCGGCACAGCGACAAAGGCGAGACUGUAGACACAAUGUUGACAGCAACAGCAACGGCAUCAACAACAACUAGGGAAUCAUUAGCAAAUGAGCGAUAAAUUCUUGCGUAUAAUACAGUUUAGCAUAGCGCAGGUGUUGCCGCUGUCUCUGAUAUUGAAAUAUUAAUUGAAAUUUUCGCUAUUCCACGAACUGACGCACGGGUAUAGCAAACGAAGAGAGUACUUAUGGGUAAAGUACAUUAGGGUGUGCAAUAUUUACGAAAAAAAUUUAAUUUUUAAUUUCUUCAACAUACAACAAAAC